UCUACACUCUACGCAUCGAGGAGAGAGAAACACACGCCCCUCACAAAACCCUCAAAACCCUAGCAACGUUGCCCUCUCCAUCUCCGUCGCCACCUCCUCCGCCGCCGACGACGAGAAAGUGAGAUCUCCGGCGAGGUGCUGGGGGAAUGGGGGGUACGAUCUUGACGGACCUCGCGGCGGAGAUCCUGAUCCCCGCCGCGGCCGCGGUGGGGAUCGCGUACGCGCUGGUGCAGUGGAUCCUCGUGGCUAGGGUCCGGCUCUCGCCGGAGAACGAGGCGCCUUGGCCGCAGAGGGGGAGCGGCGACGGCGUCGUGGGGGGCGAUAAGAAUGGGUACGAUGACUUCCUGAUCGAAGAGGAGGAGGGGAUCAACAACCGCGACGUCGUCAUUAAGUGCGCCGAGAUCCAAAGCGCCAUUUCCGAAGGAGCUACUUCAUUCCUUUUUACGGAAUACCAGUAUGUCGGAAUCUUCAUGGUCGCUUUCGCUGUCCUGAUCUUCCUCUUUCUCGGCUCUGUGGAGGGCUUUAGCACAAAGAGCCAGCCAUGCACUUACAGCAAGGACAAGUACUGCAAACCUGCCCUCGCUAACGCCAUCUUUAGCACUGCUUCCUUCUUGCUCGGUGCGAUCACCUCCAUCGUGUCUGGAUUCCUCGGUAUGAAAAUUGCAACUUUUGCAAAUGCUCGCACCACUUUGGAGGCAAGGAAGGGGGUCGGGAAAGCUUUCAUCACUGCAUUCCGGUCCGGUGCAGUGAUGGGCUUCUUGCUUGCGGCAAAUGGGCUCCUGGUGCUUUACAUUGCUAUUAACCUAUUCAAGUUGUAUUAUGGUGAUGAUUGGGAAGGUCUCUUUGAGUCUAUUACUGGCUAUGGUCUUGGUGGGUCUUCCAUGGCUCUCUUUGGGAGAGUUGGGGGAGGCAUCUAUACAAAGGCUGCUGAUGUUGGUGCGGAUCUUGUUGGUAAGGUCGAGAGGGACAUUCCAGAAGAUGAUCCAAGAAAUCCAGCUGUUAUUGCUGACAAUGUUGGAGACAAUGUGGGAGACAUUGCCGGAAUGGGAUCUGACCUCUUUGGCUCCUAUGCUGAAUCUUCCUGUGCCGCUCUUGUCGUUGCAUCUAUAUCUUCUUUUGGAAUAAACCAUGAUUUUACCGCAAUGUGCUACCCCUUGCUUAUUAGCUCCAUGGGUAUUAUAGUUUGUCUCAUUACGACCCUUUUCGCAACCGAGUUCUUCGAGAUAAAGGCAGUGAAGGAGAUUGAACCCACAUUGAAGCGACAGCUGAUUAUCUCCACUGCUCUCAUGACUGCCGGCAUAGCCAUAGUUAGUUGGCUUGCUCUUCCAUAUAAGUUCACGAUCUUCAAUUUUGGUGAGCAGAAGGAAGUCGCUAAUUGGCAAUUGUUCUUCUGUGUUGCAGUUGGUUUGUGGGCAGGCCUAAUUAUUGGGUUUGUGACUGAAUAUUAUACUAGCAAUGCAUACAGCCCUGUACAAGAUGUUGCAGACUCCUGCAGAACCGGAGCUGCUACAAAUGUCAUUUUUGGGCUUGCUUUAGGAUACAAGUCUGUGAUUAUCCCAAUUUUUGCCAUUGCUGUCAGCAUCUUUGUCAGUUUUAGCCUUGCUGCCAUGUACGGCAUAGCAGUUGCUGCUCUUGGCAUGUUGAGCACCAUCGCCACUGGUCUCGCCAUCGAUGCUUAUGGCCCCAUCAGUGACAAUGCUGGAGGGAUUGCAGAGAUGGCUGGAAUGAGUCACAGAAUACGCGAGAGAACUGAUGCUCUCGAUGCUGCUGGCAACACUACUGCUGCCAUUGGAAAGGGUUUUGCCAUUGGUUCCGCUGCACUCGUCUCCCUCGCUCUCUUUGGUGCCUUUGUGAGCCGAGCAAACAUCUCAACUGUCGAUGUCCUAACACCAAAGGUCUUCAUUGGGCUUAUCGUAGGCGCAAUGCUCCCCUACUGGUUCUCAGCCAUGACGAUGAAGAGUGUCGGGAGUGCAGCCUUAAAGAUGGUGGAGGAGGUCCGCCGGCAGUUCAACAGCAUCCCAGGCCUAAUGGAAGGGACCGUGAAGCCCGAUUAUGCUACUUGCGUGAAGAUCUCUACAGAUGCGUCCAUCAAGGAGAUGAUCCCUCCAGGGGCGCUGGUUAUGCUCACUCCCCUCAUUGUUGGAACUCUCUUUGGUGUCGAAACCCUUUCGGGGGUUCUCGCUGGCGCUCUUGUUUCUGGAGUUCAGAUUGCUAUAUCUGCAUCUAACACUGGUGGGGCGUGGGAUAAUGCGAAGAAAUAUAUCGAGGCCGGGGCGACGGAGCAUGCGAGGAUGCUCGGCCCGAAGGGAUCGGACGCCCACAAGGCUGCAGUGAUUGGCGACACCAUCGGAGACCCGCUUAAGGACACAUCUGGGCCGUCACUUAACAUCCUCAUCAAGCUCAUGGCAGUUGAAUCUCUCGUGUUCGCGCCCUUCUUUGCCACUCAUGGUGGCCUUCUCUUCAAGAUCUUCUAAUGAAAAAAAGAGAACAAAAACAAAUAAGGAGUCCUUUAGGACUGUGAUGAUGGUUCAUCAUAAAUUAAAAAAAAGGAAAAAAAAGAGGAAAAUCACUCCUAAUUUCCAUCUUUUUGUCUGUAUGUUUUGGUUUAGUUGGCAGGUUUUGUGUAGGUGAAAGCCAGGUGUUAGCUUGAUGGGCAUGGUGGUGAGUAGAUUUUCCCAUGGUUUUGGUAGAUGAUGAUGAUGAUGAUGAUAAUGAUAAAGAUAAUGUUGAUGCUGAUGGUUAUGAUAGUUACUUUUAAUGUGUAGAAGGAUCAUAGAAAGGUUUUGGUAUUAGUGCUUUUAAAGUAAAUUUGAUUGCCUCAUUUUCUUUA